AUGUCUUCUGCCCGCAGACGCGGUCAAGCUCGAGGUCAGGCCCCUGAGGCCAAUAAUCCUGCGAGACGAGGGAUGAACCCGGCUAGAGGCCGGGUCGCACCCUUCGAUGGCCCUGCAUCUCGAGGUUCAGCAUCCGGUGCCGGUGCCCAGUCACAAAUUUCCGGUCCUGCUCCCAGCUCUCGAAGAGGCUCAAAUGCAGGAUCUCAAGCCGGUUCCCAAGGUGGUUCUCAAGCACCUUCUGCCCCUGUCAGUUCGCGGCCAGCCAUGGCUACAGCAGGUCUUGAUCCAGCUCGAGAAGGACCUCCAGCACGUGCCACAGAUGCUAUAAGAUUUGUCGACAUGCCUGCCUCUUUCUACAACAUUGACAACAUGUUCGAUCAUGCCACCGAGUUCGCAAAGCGACCCUCAUACAACGAUACGGGAAAAGUUAUCCAACUGCCUCUUAAUUCUUACGAAGUCACUCAAAUCCCUCGCAUUAAUAUCUAUCAGUACGACGUCAUUAUAGGUAAUGGUGCUGAAACUCGUGCUGUCCAGCGAAGAGUCUGGCAGUCUCAAGUACGAAAGAAGAACGACAAGCUCGGCCCAGAUGUCAUCUGGGACGGCAACAAGCUGGCCUGGUCCAUGAGGCCUUACGGCACGGUCCGCAUGAUGGUUGACCUCGAUGUCGAGAACGGUCGACCAGCAGAUAAGGAUGGCAAGAAUAGCUUCCGAAUUCAUAUCAAUCAGACCAAAACCCUUAAUCUCGCCGUGUUAUCAGCAUAUAUCGGUGGUCAAAUGCAAUUCAGUAAUGAAGCUCUGGAGGCAAUCAACUUCCUCGACCACCUGAUGCGAGAAGGUCCGUCAAACAAUCAGACUUUAGUCCCACUGAAAGCAUCUUUCUUCAAACGCGGUGGUGAUUUUAUGGAUCUCGGGAGCUCUGUUGAAGUGUUCCGUGGCAUCUUCCAAUCGAUCCGACCUGCUCAAGGUGGUAGGAUGGUUAUCAACCUCGAUGUGGCCAACACUACUUUCUGGAAGCCUCAAGGUUUACUCGAAACCAUCAUCGCGAAGAACAGUUGGAGAGAUCCCAAUCAGAUAGUUCAGCAGUUUCAGGACCGCAAUCAAGUCUCUGCAACUGAAAAGUACUUGAAGAGACUCAUGGUCAAAGCAGUUUACAAGGGAAACAUACAGCCAGAGAAGGUUUACAAGAUUGAGAAAAUCGCCAAUGUGAAUGCCAAUACUCAUCGAAUUAAAUGGCGCAACCCACAAACUGGCCAGGAAUCCAAUGAGAUGGUCAGCAUUGCUGUUUACUUCAAUCGUCGAUACAAUGUCCAACUUCGAUACCCUAACAUACCCCUGGUCCAGAUGACUAAAAAGAUGCGAGGCUCGCCAGUCUUGUUUCCUGCCGAAUUACUGGUUCUUGAGAAGCACCAGCGAUAUGGUGCUAAGCUCGACGAGAACCAAACAGCCAAUAUGAUCAAGUUUGCUGUCUCUCCACCCGCGAAGCGACUCGAGGCAAUCAACCAAGGCAAGUCGUGGCUGGGCUGGGACACUGAUCUGAUGAUGAGAAAUUACGGCCUUAAAAUCAGCAACCAGCAACUCAUUACUCAAGCUCGUGUUCUACCUGCACCUGGUGUCAAGUUCAAGAACAAAGUCGAGCAGCCAGGCACCAAGGGCCGAUGGGAUCUCCGAGCGAAGCAGUUCAUGACAAAUAAUUCCACCAAGCUUGUGUCCUGGGGUAUCGGUUUUUUCGAGGGCCGAACUGGUUUCACUCAGCAAAGUCUAGAGAAGUUUGCUAUGGAUUUCAUGGCAGCCUAUCGUGGUCAUGGUGGCGACGUCGCCAACACCAAGCCCCAUAUGAUGAAGCUGAACAACGACCCAGGCGUUGCAGUCAACGACCUGUAUCAAGCCACUGGCAAUGCGUUUAAGCAAAGACCCCAGAUUCUUGUGUUCCUCGUCCAGAAUCGAAACUCUCAACACUACCUCCGAAUCAAGAAGUCCUGCGACUGUCGAUUCGGUGUGGUGUCUCAGGUGAUGCAGGCCGCGCAAGUCGCUAAAGGCAAUGCUCAAUACUAUUCUAAUGUCCUGAUGAAGUUCAAUGCUAAACUCGGUGGCUCGACUGCACAGGCUCUCCCAGGCAAGGGCUCCGGCACGGUCAACUUUACUGCCCCGACUGUCUUUAUUGGUUGCGACGUGUCUCACGCAUCGCCUGGCAGCGAUCAGCCCUCAAUGGCCGCUAUCACAGUCUCAUUCGACCGAUUUGCUCGUCGUUAUGCAGCUGGUUGUCAAACUAAUGGCCGACGUGUCGAGAUGGUCACUCCAGCUAAUUGGCGCAAUGUUCUCAAGCCUUUACUUCAAACUUGGAUGUCAGACGUUGGGGGCGGUCAGGCACCUGCUCAGGUCUACUAUAUACGAGAUGGCGUCUCCGAGCGACAAUUCCAGCACGUUAUGGAACAGGAAGUCCCCGAGAUCCGAGCGAUCCUUGACGAUCUCUCCGGUCGUAAAUGGAAUGGUAAAAUAACCUCCAUCAUAGCUGCCAAGCGGCACCACAUUCGUGCUUUCCCCAAAUCUGGUGAUGGCGACCAGAAGGGCAACCCAUUGCCGGGCACUCUCAUCGAGCGGGAUGUGACUUCUCCUAUGGACUUUGACUUCUACCUGUAUUCACAUACUGCGUUGCAAGGCACGUCCAGGCCAGUCCACUAUACUGUCAUUCAAGACGAAGCAGCCCACAAGCCAAGUGCAAUCCAAAACAUGAUCUAUGAACACUGCUACCAGUAUAUGCGUUCAACGACGUCCGUCUCACUCCAUCCAGCCGCAUAUUACGCACAUCUUGCCUCAAACCGAGCCAAGGCUCACGAAAACAUCACUGCUGCAGCUGGUCCGCAGGGUGGUGCCGGUUUUAAAGCAACUGGCCCGGCAAGUAGCGACACGCCGAGAUCUUCGGAGGUUCCAGCCUUGCUUCCUUUCCAGACUGCCAAUGGCUCUGGAAUUCAAUUCAGCAUGUGGUACAUCUAG